AUGUCUUAUCGUUCAUCGAGUAAAAUCCAAAAGGCCAAAGAAGCCCAUGUUGAUCUCUUCACGCACCACCUCCGUAAUGGCCUCGACGUUGACGACAUGGCCCUUCUUGCUUCCGAGGAAGAUCAGACACGCAGGAGACUUUAUGCCAUCGCUCGCAAUGACCCAGCAAUUGCAGAUGCUCACGUCGGACUAGUUGAUGUCUUCAAUGAGGACAACAAGGGUCUCUUUCUUUCUACGCUGAGCGAUGUGUCGCUUCAGUGCACUCUGUUCACAGAUCCAGCAGGAGGACACUUUUAUCCCGAGGGUGAUCCAGUAAUGGUCUCUUCUCUCCAACAGUUUGAGAAUUCCUGGAAGUCAUUUACCGAGAACAUGCUCUCAGAGAUCGACUGGAACAAUGUUGCUGUUGCAGGUGGCAGUGUUCUCGCUUGCCUAGAUCACCUUUCACCCAAGAUUCUGGACUCUCCCAUUCGGACUCGGCAGUAUCAUCAAAGAUGGUACCCUGAUUCCGAUAUUGAUGUCUUUUUGUAUAGCCUUUCUCCAGAAGACGCGGAGAGAAAGAUUGUACACAUAUACGAUGUUGUGAGAGGCAGUGUGCCAUAUAAUGUUAUCUGUGUCCAUACCAAGAACACAGUCUCUAUCCACAGCCAAUACCCUUUCCGUGUGAUUCAGAUCGUGCUUUGGCUCUACAGCUCAAUCAGCGAGAUCCUGAUGGAAUUCGACGUCGACAGUGCUUGUUUCCUCUAUGAUGGAUAUUGGGUGUGGUCCAAUCCCAGAGGAAUUGUUGCUCUUAUGAGGCAGGCUAACACAGUUGAUCUUACUUGGCGAUUGCCCAGUUAUGAGCUUCGUCUUGUCAAGUAUGCUUCAAGAGGCUUUAGAAUCCUUAUACCAUUGUUACGGCAGGAGAAUAUCAACCCAGAAAUAUACCAUCGACGACCCUCCGAACUACAGGGUCUUGCAUGGCUCCUCUGCAUGGAGCACCUGAUCUCAAGGCAAACCCAAAAUCUAAAACAUCCUGAUACAGAGAAAGUCUUCAAGGUUCAUAGUCUGGUGGUCGACGGCAUGAUGGAAUCCUGUCAACCCCAUGAGAUCAGUGACUAUGCUCACUUCCAUGUACCACAUGGUCCCAAGUGGAACACUGCCAAGAUAGAAUGCCAUAUCAUCAAUGCCGACCAUCUUCUCAAUUCCAAAGAAUUGAACCUGGACCCAGUGUGGAAAUUGGCUGAGGUGCAGGAUGAAGCACAUGUGUCAGAAGCGUGGCAUCUCCAUCAUCACCCUGCCUUCUGUGGCAGUGCUCAAGAUUGUCUUGAAGGUUGCCAGAGCUGCACGCAACCCCGAACUCCCCAUGAAGUUCUGGUGCUAGCGGACUGGAGUAAAAAAUAUGUCCGAGGACAUGUCAAGUUUUUUGAACAUAAUGCUGGUCGGCAGUUUAUGUCUGGCAGUUUCAAUCUGAUAGAUAUCGGUGAUUAG